CUAACUAAGCACAAAAAUUCACCACGGGCAGCACGUUGGACAUUUUUCAAAAAUGUUUUUAGGAAAGCUUAUGGAGAUCAAGCCAGACACAUUUUAGUGCCUGAUGUUUAAAUAAGCAAAUUAUGUAAAACGUUUUUUGGACAGCACCUGUGUGCACUCUUCAAUAAUGCUAAGGGCAUUAGAACAGAUAUCUUCAGUUCCACUUAUUUUCCUACUUAUUAGAAUACAGCAGCAGAAAGUGUUGAUGAACAGCAGUGAGGAUCUGUGUGAGCAGUCAUGGACGGGGGUCUGUUUGUGCUGCUUCUGCUGUCAGGACUCUUCUGGAGCAGUUCUGCUCUUUCUCGUCCGUACUUCUAUAUAAAUACAGCAAUGUCGUGGCCAGAUGCUCAGAGUUACUGCAGAGAGAGAUUCACUGAUCUGGCUACUGUAGACAGCAUGGAUGACGUGAACAGGCUGGUAAAUAUAAUAGAUGCUGGAUACAGUGGAUCAGUGUGGAUUGGACUGAAGAAGGGGACACAGACACGUUGGGGUUGGUCUAAUGGAGAAAACACAUCUUCUCAGUACUAUAACUGGGCUUCAGGACAGCCAAAUGCAGAUGGAGAUUGUGUUGUUAUUUAUUCUGGAGUUUGGCAUGAUAUGGCAUGUAGUUAUAAGCGAUAUUUUGUGUGCUACAAUGGACAUUCUAACACCAUGGUACUGAGUGCAAAAACUUGGAGUGACGCUCAGAGCUACUGCAGACAAUAUUACACAGACCUGGCCACCAUCCACAACUCUGAGGAAAAUAACCAGAUAACUAAGAUUAUCUUAACCGGAUGGUACAUAUGGAUUGGUCUGUUCCAAAACUCCUGGGAAUGGUCUGAUAAAUCAAACACCUUCUUCAGACACUGGGCAGCGGGUGAACCAUCCCAGAGUUCAGGAUCUGGUGACUGUGCUGGCAUGACAAGAGCCAAUUCUGGGAAAUGGAUUCCUGAAAGCUGUGAUCUUUUGCGUCCUUUUAUCUGCCACGGAGAUGCUAAAUUAAUUAGAAAUCAGAUUUUAAGAGUGAAAUUGUCCUGUAGUGGAAAAUGCACACUGAAUGAUCCUCCACUAAAGACGGCCAUUCUGAAUGAGAUAAGUGAAAAGCUGAACAGCAUGGGGCUAGAAAGUGAAACUAAAAUAAUCUGGGGAACGAGUGAAGAUGGAGAGGUGUUUCAUCAGGAGAAAACCAAUACAGCCAGUUUAAAUAAAAAAUGUGCUAGACGGUAAUCUGUAUACCUCUUUAAAUGUCUUAAAGUGUAUUUUAAGACGUUCGAGAGUUGUCCGUGUAUUUUAGAAACAAUGCCUCCUGUGAAUAAGCAGAAAUUGCAUACAUGGUGCACAAAUAGCUACAUUUGUGUUGAAAAUGAAGAUGCCUUACUGAAAAUGUAUAUUAAAUGCAUUAGACUUUCAAUUCAUUAACCUAUAGGCCGUUACACAUAGGUUAGAUCAGUGGU